CCCAAAAGCUCUUUUUUCCUGCAUGCUAACAAUUGAAGUUCUUUUCUUUUUGUUUAAAUUCCUUCUUAGAAGUCUUAGCAACGUGCAUUCUUCAGUACAGAAGAGGUUAUGGUUCACCCAUGAUUUACAACCAAAACUUCACAAGUAUUCCUCAUUGAGCAUCAAAGCAGACUAUCUUCUGAAUGAAACACUGGUGUUUCAUAUGGAGGAGGCGCUGCUAAAAUCAUCUUCAUUGUUUCCUUAUUUCAUGCUGGUUGCUUUUGAAGCUGGGGGGCUUUUAAGGGCUAUCCUUCUUUUUGUAGCCUACCCUCUCUAUUGCUUCUUUAGCAAGGAAAUGAGAACCAAGAUUAUGGUCUUUAUCUGUUUCUUUGGGAUAAAAAGGGACAGGUUUAGGGUUGGAAGAUCUGUUUUGCCAAAGUUCUUCCUGGAAGAUGUUGGUUAUGAAGGCUUUGAAAUCAUUAUGAGGCAUAAGAGGAAGGUUGGAGUCAGUGAUUUGCCCACUGUUAUGGUUGAAGGCUUUUUGAAGGAUUAUUUGGGAGUUGAUUUUGUGAUGGGAAGAGAAAUGAAGGUUGCUUAUGGAUAUUUUGUAGGUUUCAUGGAGGAAAGGAAAAAUAGUAAUUCUUUCCUAAAUGAAAUUACUGGAGAGGAAAAGAUCAAUUCGCUUGUUGGAUAUCAUAGCCUUGGCACAACUUUCAGCCAACACUUCUUUAGUCAUUGCAAGGAGAUUUACUUGGUGACUAGAGCAGAAAAAAGAAAGUGGCAUAUUCUUCCAAGAGACAAAUAUCCAAGAAGGUUGAUUUUCCAUGAUGGAAGACUGGCCUUCAGACCAACAUUUUCAGCUGCAUUUCUGAUGUUUCUAUGGUUUCCGUUUGGGCUUUUCCUUUGCAUAAUCAGAGCAACUGCUGGCUUGUUUCUGCCUUAUGGAAUAGCCCUCCCCAUUCUGGCUUUUACUGGGAUAAAAGGGACUGUGAGCAUGCACUAUACUCCCAGUGAUAAAAAGUCUAGGGGGACGCUUUUUGUGUGUAACCACAGAACACUUCUUGAUCCUAUUUACGUUUCAAUGGCUCUCAUGAAACCUGUCACAGCAGCAACAUAUAGUCUAAGCAGAAUAUCAGAGAUGCUAUCACCAAUCAGGACUGUACGUUUGAUGAGGGAUCGAGAAAAUGAUUUGAGGAUGAUGGAUGAGGUGCUUUGCCAGGGUGAUGUUGCAGUAUGCCCUGAAGGGACAACUUGCAGGGAGCCAUAUUUGCUAAGAUUUAGUCCGUCAUUUGCUGAACUUACUGAUGACAUAGCUCCUGUAGCAUUAGACAUGCAAGUAAGCAUGUUUUAUGGAACAACUGCAAGUGGGCUGAAAUGCUUAGAUCCAUUGUUUUUCCUCUUGAACCCAUCUCCAACCUACAUGAUCAAGUUUCUCGAGAGGCUGCCAGCAUCUCAUACUUGUGGCAGUGGUGGUAAAUCGCGGUAUGAAGUUGCUAAUUAUGUACAGUGUGAAAUAGGUAAAGCCUUGGGGUAUGAAUGCACCAGUUUAACAAGGAAAGACAAGUAUAUGAUCUUGGCAGGAAAUGAGGGGGUUAUCUAAGCCAACCCUGCACUAACACUCAGCAUCUGGCUCCUAUGGUCUUUAGAAUUCAGUUUUACACCAUUGGAUACUCUUCAGCUAAAUUGUAUACUAGAUAAGAAAUUGUAUAUUUGGUGAUGGUAAGUGGUAUAUUCUUCCGCUAAAUAGUUAACUAGAUAAGAGUUUGCUAUGAUGUAACGUCACGUUCUUUUUUUUGAGAGAAAGUUUUGUUGAUUGGAGUCCUUGUGACUCAUUUAAUUGU